CUUUGGUUUGUUUUUAAUUUGGAAAGCCCUCCUCUUCCUGCCCCCUUCCUCCGCUCCUCCUCUUUUCUCGGCUCCGCUAGGAAAGUUAGACCCCGGCCCGGCGUCGCGGGUGCCGAGCGGACGGCGGGCCCGGCGCAUGCUAAUGCUGGAGGAGGUCAUCGAGAGGUUGUGACCACCAAUUGACCUGUGAGCUGGACCUGGACAUUUGUGACUCAUCCCCUCUCCUGUCCUUGGAAUGUGUACUCUACGUGCUUUCACCAGCUGCCUCAGGACACAGCGUUGAGAUAGUAAUGUGGUGUUGAGACCUCGUGGAUGGUGUACAUGACAACCCAGUUGGGCAUGACCUCUUCCUCCAAGGCUGGUCUUCACAAACACUGAUCAACCGAUGGAUGACAUUGACAAUAAAACAAAGUCCUUGGAUCCAGUACCUCAUGCUGCUCCUAACCACAGAUGCCGUUUGAAUUCACCAGUUACAAUACCUGAUGACCCUCCAGAAUAGAAUUCCCAUUUUAUACCUGCUGGAAAUGCAGUGGCCUCCUGGUGUCACCGCUGGCUUUGCUCUGGAGCACUGGAACCCGUGCAGGACGCUUUAUAGCAUCCAAAGCAAGAAGAAAGAAAAACUGAUGGGAGUGCGUGGGCCGCGUUCAACCCAUGGCUGGGGUUUAGAUUCUGCUUUUGAGGUGGACAGAUUCACUGCUUCCAAACAGCCGAGAAGAGGAAUGUAUCCAAAGACUAAUUGGAAUUCUUCAAAAUGUCAGGGAAUACAAGGAGACAUUUCUCUGAUUGCAACAAGAGGACAAGAUAGCGUCAUGGAAAGUGUGAUCCCCACAGCCCCUGAGCAACCUGCAGAUGAGAAGGACAAUCAGAUAAAGUCUCCUGAUCAAAGGCCUGAUGCACCUCCUGACUAUAAUUCCCAUUUUGUAUCAGGACCCCCUGGACCGGCUGUCCCUGCACCUGCAGGCUACGCAGGAGGCUUGCCUAUGGGAUACAACAGCCCACAGCAGCCCGGUACCUUCUUCUCGUACCAGCCAGCUGGUGGUGCCCAUCCUAUCCAGUACCAGCCUGGCAAAUACCAUAUGUCAAAUCAGCCUGUUUCAGUAACAUGGAUGCCAGGGCCUCCUCCUAUACCAAACUGUCCUCCUGGUCUGGAAUACUUAACCCAGCUGGACACCAUUCACGUCCUUCAGCAUUUUGAGCCUCUGGAAAUGAUCACAUCUUUUGAAACUAAUAAUGGAUAUGAUAUUAAAAACAACCUGGACCAGAUGGUUUACAUAGUAAAUGAAGACACAGACGACUUUACCAGAAAUGCUUAUCGGACACUAAGGCCCUUCGUCCUCCGGGUCACUGACUGUAUGGGCCGAGAAAUCAUGACCAUGCAGAGGCCUUUCAGAUGCACCUGCUGUUGCUUCUGUUGUCCCUCCACCAGGCAAGAGCUGGAGGUGCAGUGUCCUCCUGGUGUCACCAUUGGCUUUGUUGCAGAACACUGGAACCUGUGCAGGGCAGUUUACAGCAUCCAGGAUGAGAAGAAAGAAAAUGUGAUGCGAGUACGUGGGCCAUGUUCAACCUAUGGCUGUGGUUCAGAUUCUGUUUUUGAGGUCAAAUCCCUUGAUGGUGUAUCCAACAUCGGCAGUAUUAUUAGGAAGUGGAACGGUCUGUUAUCAGCAAUGGGCGAUGCUGACCAGUUUGAAAUUCACUUCCCUUUAGAUAUGGAUGUGAAGAUGAAAGCCAUGAUUUUUGGAGCCUGCUUCCUCAUUGACUUCAUGUAUUUUGAAAGAUCACCACGACGUUCAUCAAGAUAGAUGGACACAGCAAAUCAACAAUUAUGGUUAAUUAAAAAAAAUUAGAGAAGUUGGAUUGGGCUUAUAAUCCCCUGAAUUAUUUGCAAAUAUAUGUAUCUGCUUUUGCAGAUUAUUUUUACUGGGUAUUAGCUCUGACAGGUAGACUGAGUGUAAGGGCAAGAACACGUGUUUGAAUUGAUUGAACCAUGUGUUUUAAUUGAUUGUCUCUCUGUCUACAUGGUAAACUAGGAGUUCACCUUGAAAAAGCUAUAACUCAUUAACCAAGUAAACAUAAUACAAUGAGCUUGAAAACACUUUACUUACCCUGAGAUAAGGGAAAAUGAAUCCCAGGGCUCUCACAUUAAUGGGUCAUGAAAUGGCAAGCUUUUUAGAGCAGUCUUUGAGAUAGAAUAAAACAGCUUUUAUCCCCAACCCUCUCCAACCUGUCCUCUCCAUCAACUUGUCCUGUUACUGAAGAUAAAUUUGAUUCUAAGUGAAAAGAAUAAUACUCUUGACCUUUAAAACAAAAAGGAAGGUAGGCAGAAAUACUGUGUGUUAUUGUACAAGGAAAAAUUUACUUGUGCAUAUGUAUCAAACCUUGUUCUGAAAGUUUAUAAGUUUCAAUGGAAAAUUUGAUUUCAUUAUCAAACAAAACAUUUUUUUAAAAAUCAUAAGGUUCUAUUUUCCAUACCUAUUCCCUCAUUCACUAGCGUGGUCUAUCAGGACCUGCCUGGACAUGGAGUCAGGGUCAUCCUAUCAGGAAAAGAGGUGACAAGGGCCACAGCUUGUCUAGAUCUCUGAGCAAUUCAGAGACAUCAGUGUCCUUAUGAGGAGCUUGCAUUUAAUCUAUUUAAUCUCUCUUGGCCACAGAUGCCUUACAUAUGAAAUAUUUUGGCCAAAUCUCAAAGAUUGCCUAUUGAACUUUUGUAUCUCAUGGGGUGUGACACAGAGGAGAUAGUUUUUAUUUUUCUUUCUUUCAAGAUCACUGAUAAUCACCAUGUUUUUCUAACUGCAGGAGUUGAAGUUGGGUUUCUAAAUUUUGAAAUGUGGCAUUCUGUGUAGCACUUUGUAAAAGCAAAACUACGAAUUUUGACAUUUUUAAAUAUUUCUUAGCUGCUUUUUAUUUAGAUGAUAGAUAAAUCUGCCUGUGCAAAGAAGAUAAUAAAACUUCUCUGUGAACUAUAGCUUAACAGUAAAAUUCUGUAGGAUCAACAUAGUUACAGUAUAAGCGUACUUGUUAUUAGCUAGUUAAGAGCACAGUGUAUUGGUGAAUAGUUGCUGAUGAAUCAACCUGUGUCUUUUGUACUGUACCUUCCUAUCUGGACAUGGACUGUGUUUUUUCAACAUAGCCAGUAUGUAGAAUGAAAUGUAUUCUUCUCCUUGUUAAAUAAGGCAACUCUAAGUGUUCUCUGAUGGGAUUACUCGGGGAUGACAGCCUUUGCCCACAAUUCCUGUUGAAGUCAAAGAAAGGUGCUUCAUUUUACAAUUAUAUUUGUCUUUUCAUGGUAAAGUUGUUUUAUUCAGUUUCUUGUAAUUUCUAUAUUUAGGUGCUACUGCUAGCUUUUUUUUAAAAAUGUUAAACUGCUGCUUUUCUAAAAAGUACAAUUACCUUAUAUUUGAAAAUAUGAUUGCAGUCUUAGACAUAUAUAUUAUUUCUUAUAAUAAUAUCUGACAUUUUAUAUAGGAAAUGAGACAAUAAUAUUGAGAAAGUUUAUCUGUACAAACUUCAUUUUUACUUGCCCGCAUGCCUACAUCCCAAGACCUGCUGUAUAAUGCUAAGAAAAGAUUAUUUAACAUAUGACAUUUUAAGUUUCUGUUCAAAGUUUUCAUGGCAUUAAGUUGUCUCUUACAGUUAUUAUCCCUCUUUCUUUAAAAGUAAUACUAUGUGUCUUAUUUUUUUAUACUAUGGUUCAUAUUAUAGUUUCUAUAUUUCUUAAUGGUAUUUCAUUGUGUAAAAUUGAUCAGAGUCACUAAAAAAAAGCUACUCUCUUUGUAUUUUAAUGCUUCAUCAUAUUGUUUUUGGCUUUUAAAUAAAUAUAAUAUGGUUUAUAGUGAAA